UACCUUGUAGCUCCACAGCUAAAAACACAGCAGAUCAAUUACUCUUUUCGUCUCCUCAUACUCAGAAAUCUCAAAAUGAACCUAGACUCCCUGUUCCAGCAAAUCUUCCUCGUGGAACAGAAAGCUGAAGAAAAGAGGUGUCUGAUGCAUCAAGUUAAACAGGAUAUAAGCAAAAAUCAUGAAAAAGCUAAUCAAAUUACACAGCAACUUGGUGAACAAAAACAAAAAUUGGAAAUUGAAGCUCAGUUGCUAUCUGAAAAGCUCUUUAAUUUGGAACUUUUCAAGAAACGAAAAGAGAGUUUAGAAAAACAGAAAGCUGAUCUUCUAAAUCAGAAGAAUACUAAUCUUGAAGCAUAUAAAAAUCUAAAGACAAAAAUUGCUGAAGAAGAUGAAACAUUUUUGAAGGAAAUUAAAAAUUUCAACAAUGAAUAUGGGUUAAUAUUAAAUCGGGAACUUGUAAUUAAAAAAAGAGCUCAGACUGAAAUAGGUGAACUAGAUGAGAAGGAAAGUCUUCUGAGAAAAGAAAUAGAAUCAAUGGAGCAUGAAACAAUUCAAUUAAAAAUAUUUCAUCUACAGAAGAAUGAAUUAAAGCAAGAUUUAUCUACUCUUCAGAGGAAACUCACAGGAAUUGUUACAAAAAAAGUCUUCAGCCAAAUAAAUAACAUAUUGUGGACUGAUUCAAAUGUCAGAGGAACAGAAUAUUGUAGCAUUUGGAAAAAUGCUACUUUUAUCAUCCUUAUUGGUUAAAUUUAUCAUCCUCUGUUUUUCCUGCUAGCAGAGCAAGGAGUCUAUUUUUUCACAACACAUGUUGUAUCUUUGCUUCUGGAUAUUUAUUACCAUGAAUGUCUAACAACUGUAAACAAAUCAUUUUCCUUUCACACAGUGGGAUUUUUCCUUGGCAAUGUUCCCAUUCCCAUAUUCAACAGUAAAAACCUAUCUGUGGCAGAGCACUAACAGUUUCACAUACAACAUAAACAUUAUCCUUAUAGAAUGCAGUUGUUUUUUUAAAAAAAAUUGGAAACGAUAAAUGAAGCUAAUGCUUCUGGGAUAGUACAACCUGUUCUUUUUAAUAAGAAUCUGCUGACAUUUACAUGUUUUCUUUCUUUAGGGUUAAAUAACUUGUUUACAUAAAACUCUGAUUUUCAUAACAUCUCCAAUGGUCAUUUUAUUCCAGUGUUUAUAUUUCAGUAUUUAUGUUGCCAUGUUACUUUAUCAUUUUUAUUAUGAAAUAAAUUGUUACAUAAAUAGCCAUUAUUUAUACUAAUAUGUAUUUCAAUUGGUGUUUCAGUUCAUUUCACCAGCUUGAAAUUUCCAUCCUUUUAUAAACUAUUUAGUGUUGAAGUUGUCACAUGUUAAUUGUAUAUUUUUAAUGUAAUGUAAAAUUGAUCAAUUUGGUAACAUACAAAUAAUUGUAAUAAUUAAUAAACAAAUAAAUAUG